UGCCAGAAACAACAUACAGUAAUCAUAUGAUAGGAACUUAAGCUUGCAACACCGAGUUAUGAUUCUAGAGGAGGGUCUUAAUGUAGCAAUAGCAUCACAAGCACAAAUGAAGCCAGAGAGCCAUGCAACAAGAAAAAGGGGGCGAUGCGUUCAUACCCGUACUUGACCACCCAACAAUUUGAUUGGAGAAUACUAACUGGAGACCACAAAAACAUGAUGUGGGGCCCUUCACCUUCGGUCGGGUAAGCAAGGCGGGUGGCGAGUGGAAACGGUGAGGCCAGACUUGGCCUCCAGUCAAACCCACGAGGUUUGACCAGUCAACGGUCAAAAUUCCCACCCCGCUGCCCUCUUCUUCUCAGAAGAAGCCUCCGCAUUCGCGUGCUAUGGUGCUCGAGCCUUCUCCCUGUCUCCUAUUCUUCUUAAUCAUCACACUCACCAAUGAUCAACCGAUCCCAAUCUCUUAGACCAGCAACGAGACACGAACAACCUCUCCUCGAUCUGCCGUCCGAUUCCUCCUCCCUUCCUCUUUCCUCCUGCAUGGCGUCCUCCGCCGCGAGCUCCUGGCACGCCGACGCGUUCGCCUUCUCGACCGGUUCCUUCACUGAGCUGCUCUCCGGAGCCGCGGCCGACGCCCGAGAGUUCUCGGACGGUGUCGCGGGUGAUGGAACUGACCUUCCCAAGUUCAAGUUCAUCGCUCCGCCGUCACUGCCCAUCUCUCCUUCCUCCUCCUACUUUGCCAUUCCGGCGGGGUUCAGCCCAGCUGCGCUCCUCGACUCGCCCGUUCUCCUCUCUUCUGGUAUGUUUCGAUCUCCUCAAGCUUUCGGUUAUCAGCAAGGCAUCAGGGAUGGAGACGAGUGCUUGGGUGAAUUCUCUUUCCAAAAUGGAACCAAGCAAGCAUCUUGCUUUCACCCUUCUUCCGCCUCAAUUCCAUCGGACGAACACCAACGAUCAUGGAUGCACCAACAACAUUACAGCACCACCACUCCCACUACGAAAUCUGAAUCCACAGCCCCCAGAGAUAGCAACAGCCGCCACCCAUCUGGUUCAGCUCACCAUGCUCAAGCUGUUCAGACUCUGCAGAGGAGGUCAGAUGACGGAUACAACUGGAGGAAGUACGGGCAAAAGCAAGUGAAAGGAAGCGAGAACCCGCGCAGCUACUACAAGUGCACGUACCCGAGUUGCCCCACGAAGAAGAAGAUCGAGAGAUCUUUAGAUGGACAGAUUACCGAAAUCGUAUACAAAGGCACGCACAACCAUCCCAAGCCUCGGUCCACCACGAGGAACUUAGCUUGCGCGCAAGCAACUCGAUCUUUGAUGUUGGAGUCGGUUGCCACACCUGACAAUUCCUCCGUCUCCUUCGGCGAUGAUGAUCUCGAUUUGGGGUCUCAGGUGAGCAAGUCAGGAGUCGAUGAAUUCGAGGAGGAGGAACCUGAUGCUAAGCGAUGGAAGGGGAAGCAAGAAGGAGAAGGUGCUGGUAGCAGGACGGUGAGAGAGCCCAGGGUGGUGGUUCAGACCACGAGUGACAUUGACAUCCUCGACGAUGGAUAUCGCUGGAGGAAGUACGGGCAGAAGGUGGUGAAGGGGAAUCCCAAUCCAAGGAGCUACUACAAGUGCACCACCGUGGGUUGCUCGGUGAGGAAGCAUGUGGAGAGGGCUUGUCAUGAUCUCAGGGCGGUGAUCACGACGUACGAGGGCAAGCACAACCAUGAUGUCCCCGCGGCCCGUGGAAGUGGUGGACAAGGCAGCAGUAGCUUCGCCAUGGCGAUAAGACCGACGGCGACGACGAGCAGCCAUCAGAAUCAGAUGCUCAUCACCAACUCCAUCUUCAGCGGCAAAUCCGAUGGGUCGGCAAACCCGUCUCCUUUCAAUCCACAGAACCCAAGAAACUAUGAGUUCAGCUCUGGAUAUGAUAGUUCAAUAAGCACUUCUUACACGGAUCCCCAGCAGCGGGGGCAGAUACAGAGCGUGUUCUGCAAAGCAGCCGUAAAGGGAGAAGGAGAUGAGAUAUUUGUCUAGUCUCUGCUGUUCUGAAACUGUUUGUCAAGUAAGCACGGCAAAAUAGCUAUUGUAGUUGUAUAGUGUUGCAGGGGUUAAUCAUAUUAUACAGUAGAUUUGUUUGUUUCA